UGAAAGGGGCGUAUUCUCGGGGAAACCCAGAUAUCUUCGGUUGAAGGAGCACAAGGGGCGCAUGGGUGGAGGGCGAUGCCGCUGCCUCGGGCACCCCUCUUGCUCUUAGGGCUUAUGCUGGCGUCCUUCGGCCGGGGACGCUUUUGCGGCUCUGCCUCGCUCUCCCUGUGUUAUUCCUACCUGCAUCUGCCAGAGCCCAGCCAGGGGCUGCCUCCGUCCUUCAUUAGGGGCUACCUGGAUGAACAGCCCAUCGCUCGCUUUGACAGCCUCACCAGGAAGAUGGAGCCUCUGGUGCCCUGGAUGGCGGAGGAGGAGGAGGAGGAAGAGAAGACAUUUCAGGUCCUUGAGUGGGUGAUUGGAACUGACCUGGAGAAGUUAUCAAAACUGGACCGUCAGACUGGAGGGCUUCACACCUGGCAGGCGGUUUUGGGCUGUGAACUCUGGGAAGAUGGGAGCAAAGGAGGGUUUUUGCACUACGGCUACAAUGGGUGGGACUUCAUCAGCUUCGAUAAGGAGACCCUCAGAUGGGUGACAGCUCAGCCCCAGGCCGAGAAGGUCAAAGAGGAAUGGGAGGUUCAUCCAGGACGGUCCCAGAGAAAAAAAUUAUACCUGGAGGAGACCUGCAUUGAGUGGCUGCAGAGAUACCUGUCCUACAAGAAGAAGGCUCCGCAGAGGAUCGAGCCUCCGGUGGGGAAGGUGAAUUAUAAGGUGGUGAAUGACAGCCUGGAGGUCCUCAUCUGCCAGGCCUUUGGCUUCUACCCCAGGGAGAUCCAGGCCACCUGGACGAGGGACGGAGAGGUCUGUGAAUACGAGACCCUCCCUAGGAAUGUGGCCCCCAACUCAGACGGGACCUAUUAUGUCUGGCUCAGCAUUGAGAUCGACCCCAAGGAGAGGGACCGUUUUCGGUGUCUCCUGGACCAUGACGGCUUGCAGGAGCCCCUGGUCUUGGCUCUCAAGGACGAAACAGCUGCCAGAUGGUGGAUUCUUGUGGGAGUGAUGGCUGCCGCAGUCUUGGGAAUGGGGAUUCUCUUCCUGAUAGGCUGGAGGUGGAGAUGCAGGAAAAAACAUCAAGAACACAGCACUUCCUCUGUUCACCUUCCUCCAGAGUGAUUGCCUCUCCCACAAGUACAGAAGAUGAGAUUCAACAGGUGGCUGUCGUAGACUGCAAAACCCCUCAAAAAGAUCCUGUUUUCAGGGGAAACUGAAGAACGGCUCAAGCAGCAACAUGGACCGCUCUUGUUGAUUUAGAAGAGGCCUCCUUCAAGCAAUUGUGUUGGUUUCCAUACAAGAGACCCCCACUGGAACCUCAUUUUGAUAUCCAAAAUCUGGUUAUCUGGCGAACAUUUAAACUAAAAAUGAUGGGUGGGUUGAUGCAUCCACCAUUAGUGUUAAAAUUGAGCCCGUUGCCUGGCGAGGUAUAACAGGGACACUUCAGAUAAUAGCCCAGGACUGUUUUUUAGUUUUUUCAAGGGAAUUUGCUUUGCCCACAACUUGUGUGAGGAGUGAAAGGAGGAGUGUGUGUAUGUGGGACUUUAUAUUUUAUUCCGGGAUAGGCAAUCCAGUAGCCAAACAUUGCAAGAGCCUUUACAUCAAGGACCUGUUCUGUUUCCCUCGCCCAAUACUCCCAACAAAAAGUCAGUCAAAUGCCUUCUUUUCAAGUUUAUUUACAUUUGGCUGGAUUCCUUCCGGCACAGAGAUAUCUGGCCACGUCUACCCACACACCUGCCAAGUCUCUGGAGAUAACUAGGAAAUUAUAGAUAAGGCAAGAGUUACUCACGAAUAUAUUCUUCCCUCCAUUGAAACAGUUUGCCCGCGCAAAUUCACUGCUUUGUCCAAGACAAAAAGCCAGGAAGUUCCGCCUCCUGAUUUAUAGCCCCUGUGGGUGUCACUCCGUGACUCAUCAUUCUUUGACUUUGUCCCAAUGCCUCCUCUGCUGCACGCGCCAGUCCUGUCUGCGCAGUCUUGCAUCAAGCCAAGAUUGUUCUUGGGGCAUUGCCAAAUCAGAAGAAGGCCCGGGGGAAUCAGGCCUUGCCAGCCCCUCCUCCUCCUCCUGGGUGGGUGCCAGGGAGGGAGAGGGCCCAGGGAAAGCAGGCCUUGCCUGUUCCUCCUCCUCACUCUCUGAAUCAUCAUCCUCCAGGAGUCCAAGUCCGGGAACCUGGGUCACAACAGGACCUGUAUACAGGUCAGAAAGAGGGCUGAGAAAAUAUCUACCUACCGUUCAUAUCCUGGACAAUGAACUGUUUCAACUCCUCCCCUCAGGAUGCUGCUAUAGGGCAGUGAUGGUUAACCUUUUCGGCAAUGAGUGCCAAAUCUGGAGCGUGCGCGGUCAAAGACCAGCUGGCUGGCUGGCAUGCAUCAGCAGUUGGCUGAUGCGCUGGAAGCAGGAAGUGCAGCUGGCGAUGGGGCAUGUUCCCACAGAGAUGGCUCUGUGUGCCACCUGUGGCAUGGUUGCCAUAGGUUCACCACUACGGCUAUAGGGCAUUGCAUGCCAAAACAACACAGAGAUAGUUUCUUCCUUUGUGCCACUACUCUGCUGAACAACUAAUUCCCACAGUGCUGUCUUAUGCCUAAGGAUAUUUACCCACAUAGUAAGACUGUAUUACUAAUAUCCUUUUCAUCUUUCCUACUACCUCUUCUUAUUGGUAUAAGCAUUAUAUUACUUUGUUGUUGAUAUGUGCAAAUCAGAAUCAGAAUAGAGCUAGAAGGGACCUUGGAGGUCUUCUAGUCCAUUCCCCUGCUCAAGCAGGAGACCGCAUUCCAUUUCGGACAAGUGGCUGUCUAGUCUCUUCUUAAAAAACUCCGGUGAUGAAGGACCCCCAACUUCUGAAGGCAACUUCUGUUCCCCUGGUUAACUGUUCUCAGGGUUAGGAAGUUUCUUCUUAAUUCCGGGUCGCUUCUCUCCUUGAUUAACAUAACAUAACAUAACAUAACAUAACAUUAGUUUCCAUCCAUUGUUUCUUGUCCUGCCCUCUGGUUCUUUGGACAAUAAAUUGACCCUUUCCUCUUUGUGGCAGCCUCUCAGAUAAGGCUAUCAUGUCCUCCCUAGUCAGGGGUUAAAUGCUACUGGUUCAGGGCGGUUCUCCCAAACCGGUAGUGAAAAUGCUACUGGUUCUCCCAACGAUCGCAUGCCAUAGCUGGUCGUCUGAACUUUUUAAAAACUUUUUUAAAGCAUUUUUUUUACUACCCAUUCGGGCACUAGGUAGUAAAAAAUGCUUUAGAAAGGUUUUUUAAAAAAGGUUCCAACAAUCAGCUGUGUCCCGCGAUCCUCGGAAUCUUUUUUUUUAAAGCAUUUUUACCGCCUACUCCAGGUGGUAUUCCAGGUAAUAGGCACCACCUAUUCAGAGGCUUCCCUGAGGCCCGCUAGGCCAAAAACGGGGGGAGGGGAUCCAUUUUUGCUCCCAGGAGGCUUCCCUGAGGCCUGCUAGGCCAAAAAUGGAGUAGGGGAUGCAAAGAAAGAAAGAAAGAAAGAAAGAAAGAAAGAAAGAAAGAGAAAGAAAGAAAGAAAGAGGAAGGAAGGAAGGAAGGAAGGAAGGGAGAAAGAAAAAAGAGAAAGGAAGGAAGGAAGGAAGGAAGGGAAGGAGGGAGGGAGAGAAGGGAGAAAGAAAAAAGAAAGAAAGAAAGAAAGAAAGAAAGAAAGAAAGAAAGAAGAAAAGAGAUGAGAGAAAGAAAGGGAGGGAAGGGAGAAAAAGAAAGAAAGAAAGAAAAAAGAAAGAAAGAAAAGAAAGAUGGGAGAAAGAAAGCGAGGGAAGGGAGAAAGAAAGAAAAAGAAAGAAAAAAGAAAAAAGGAGAGAAAAAGAAAAAAGGAGAGAAAGAAAAAGAAAGAGGGGGAGAGAGAGAGAGAGAGAAAGAAAGAAAGAAA